CGAGGAGAGCCGCCCAGAGCCGACGCGAGCGCGGCAGCAGCAGCCGGGGACUGGCAGGGGCGCGCAGAGGCCAGGCACGGCCAGGCAGCGCCGGUGGCAGCGCGGCGCGGGCAGAGCGAGGUCGGGGGCUUCAGCGGGGCAGCCCGGCGCAGGUGCCCGUGGCCUCGGGUCGGCGGCCAGCCCAGCGCUCGGCGCCCGGCGGCUGCGCUCCCGCGCCCUGGCGGGGUCCAGGAUGUCGACCUCUUCGGAGGAGUGCCGCUCCCCGGUGGGGCUGGACUGCUGCAGCUGCUGCCUGGACCUGGCCAACCGCGGCGGCGGCCCGGAGCGGAGCCCCGUGGGCUGCAACAACAACCUGGGCAGCCCGAGCAGCAGCAGCAGCCCCUUCCUGCAGCUGCGGGAGCAACUGGUCUGCCAGAACUUCAACGCCGACAAGCUGAGCCGCAUCAUGCGCCAGGACUCGCUGGAGCCCGUGGUGCGCGACCCUUGCUACCUGCUCAACCAGGGCAUCUGCAACCGCAACAUCGACCAGACGCUGCUCUCCAUCCUGCUCUUCUUCCACAGCGCGUCCGGGGCCAGCGUGGUCGCUAUCGACAACAAGAUCGAGCAGGCGAUGGAUCUGGUCAAGAACCACCUGAUGUAUGCAGUGAGGGAAGAGGUGGAGAUCCUGAAAGAGCAGAUCAAGGAGCUGGCGGAGAAGAACUCUCAGCUGGAGCGUGAAAACAGCCUCCUGAAAAACCUGGCCAGCCCAGAGCAGCUGCAGAAGUUCCAGUCCCGGCUGCCGCUGGAGAUGCCGUCGCCCGAGAAGCAGUGCUUGGGAGCGGCUGCCCCGGCCCAGCACGGGGCGGGUUCUGCGGUGUAAGGUGGCUCUGUCCAUGAGGUGGGCAGAGCCACGGAACUUGUUGCUUCUCAACCUCCUUGGAAGUGGUUUCCUCACAUCGCCUUUGGAGGACUCCGGCUAGGCUGCGGCCACGACAGUGCCCCAAGGGGGCCCGUUAAUUCGUGGCCUGCCUCUGUGGGUUGGCCAGAGACUGUCUCCUGAGAAAAGGAGCGCACGCAAGUUGCGCUGGGAUUGCCGCACACACGUACGGGCAGUCCUGCCUCGAAGGAGUUUGGGUUUGCCGUCUGGCCCCUCCCUGCUCUCGUCCUUCUCGGUGAGCAGUGGGGGUGGGCAGCCCUUCUCGGGGAGGUUCCUGUCUCGGUGACAAAAGACUGUUAAUGUGGAAGAAGCCAGUGGGCUGUGUUUAAAGCAAGAGGAAACUCCUUGCCCUGAACAGGGAGGCACAUGCCGAUCGGUCAGCCGCCCUGCUCGGCCCGGAUGUGCGACCAUCUGGGUUUUGCCAGGGCAUUCUGCCUGUUGGGCUACUGCUGGCCUCUUUUUUCCCUGUUGCCCGUCUUGGGCUGGGGACCACCCCUGUGGACAUUAGGGAGCCUUCUAGGGGCUUGAAUUGGGACAAGGAUUUAGUGCCAGUGAGUGGCAGAUGGAGGGAGGGGGGCUGAGGCCUCCUAACCCGGGUUGUCUAUUGAACUUUGUACACAGACAAACCCCCUGCGAGGGGGAGCUCAGCACCAGCUGCCUUACUGAUAUCCUGCGUGGACCCUAGCCAAUGGGGCUGGGGAAAGAGACCCAACGGCAAUGCACUGAUGGGGUGGUUUGUUGCAAAAGGAGGAGGCUUAGGGUGGCUGGCUCAGGGAGCAGCCCCCCCCUCCAGCCGUGAUGGGAACCCUGCUUCUGUGACACGUCCUCUGAUUAAUGGUGUAAAUCUUGAGACACUGCAAUAAAGACUACAUUUUUUUAUAUA